AUGGGGAAGGGACAGAGACACCAUCACCAGGAGCUGGUUCGGGGGACUUUGGGCCAAGCGCCAGCGCCACAGGCCCAGGGACUGACAUCCCCCCCAGCCAAAAAGGAGAGCGGGGCUGGAAGCGAGCCGGGAGCCAAACCCGUGCUGUCUGCCAAGGCCAACACACCGGCUUUCAAAAUAGCCCGUGUCCCGCGCAGCUCCGGCCGGAGCAGAGGGUGCCAGCAGGAACCACCCACGCGGGACGGGAAGGCCGGCAGCGCCGCGGCGGGCAGCGCCACCAGACGGAAAGGUCACCCCGUCCAGAUCCCACAGCCGGGCUUGGGCACGGGCCAGGCACUGAUGACACCAGGCUGGAGGAGUCAGCGUCGCAGCCGGCCCCCUGGCCUGGUAAUUAAUAAAACAAAGCGGCUGCUCUUCCCGGCCAGCAGCGAGGAGCGGGAGCGGGUCCAGGGCCAGGGCCAGGAGACCACACCGACCUGUGUUUUUCCUCACCGUUUUUGCAGGGCAGACUGGUUCCUUCUGGACAGCCGGACAGUUCGCCACGCUGCCAUCGGCUUGUUCUGCUGCGGGGUCUCAGUCUACCUAACAGCUCUCGCCAUCUACAUGCUGCUGCUGUUUGAACUGGAGGCUGGCAUCGCCAGCGCCUGUAUUCUCUCCUCCGGCAUCAUCGUCCUGCUGAUCACGGUGACGCACGCCCUGGUACGGGCUUCCCAGGUUUCGCGCCGCAGCCGCUCCGAGGUCUCCCACACCCUCUACGAGAAUGACUCUGCCCAGCACGGCGAAUCCUCCACCAGCGAUCUGAACAACAAGAACGUGGCUGCACCCCGGCCCCAGCCCGAGAUCCACCGGGAGUUUUCCUUCCCUCCUUUCCUGGAGCGCAAAUCCCAGCUGGGCUCUCCAGCCAGCAGCAACCUCACCUCCUCGGGCAGCCCCGAGCUUCGCUCCGAGAAGGAGAGCUACAACCUGCCCCGAACGCACAGGACGCUGUCGGCAGAGUCGGGCCUGCUGCAGGCACAGGGCAAGCCCUGGAACGGCGUCACCCAGGAGAUGAGGAACGUGCUGUCACACAAACCCGGAGCCUCGGGCAAGGACUCGACUCUGGUGUGAGUGGAAGUGGGACCUUUUCGCCCCAUUUCGUCCCUGGGGAGCUGCAGGCACCAGGGCCAAAAUUUGCAUCUGUUUAGAGCUUAAUAUAGGUCACAUCUCACCAGAGCCUGGGGGUCUGCGCAGCCACUGCCUGAUGCUCGUUGCUUCUUGUGUGGAGAAGAUGCCAGCUCCACCCGAA